AUUUACACAUCUCAUAUAAUUCUAUUCUCCCGUCUAAUAUCCUCAAACCUAACAAAAUCUUCUACAACACCUGAAAAAAAGAAACAAUCGAAACAUCAAGAAUGGACUCAAACACAAACACCACCACGGGCCCAACCGCCGGAUACGAUAACAACGUCGACCAGAAUUUCGGCGAGACGGGGAAGAAGGAGGGAGUCAUGAGUAAAAUCAAGGAUAAGUUGAUGCCGAGCGGGCCGGGGGAGACUGAUACUUCGGGUAUUGAUGCGAGGAAUGCGGCUAGUCAUGUACAUCAUGCGAGCCAUGGGGGACAGGAGAGGCAUGAUCAGGCGAAUUCGGAUUUGAAUCGGGAGUAGAGGGUUUUGAGGCUGAGAAGAAGUGGUUUGAGGGGGUUGGAGAAGAGGAUACCCAUACUGUACGACGAGAGAUACA